ACCCUUCCUCUCAUUCCCACUGGCCUGAGUAUAGUACUGCCCGCAACUCACUCUGCGACCCCACAGCGAGGAUGCAGCUUAUUCCCGAGGCCGUGGAGGGUGGAUGGGAAGUUGUCAGCUCAAGACGUCUUUUCAACUUUCGUACUGAGCUUAAAGAACGCAAACUCUUCGUCGGCAUGCUAGGCAGGCAUCAAAAUGAGGACGACAUUAGAUGCUUCUUCUCCUCGUAUGGCCAGAUUGAGGAGUGCACUGUACUUAGAGAUCAAAAUGGCGUCAGCAAAGGUGAGUCGCCACUUUUAUACUAUGACUAUCAUCGUAAUUAUCAUUAA